CUCCAACUCUGAGGAGAACGACUGCCGGUCUUCGAACCCUAGUAUGAGGAAGCCCUACAGAUUUCUUAAGCACUAGCUUUUGUUUUUCUUUUUUUUUUUUCCCUCAAACCAGCAAGAUGGUGGUGGUGAAUCUUUUACCACUUUAGCUUCCCCUACUUUUCAACAUUAUCUACCACCUUUCCUAUUCACCCCUCCCAAUAAUUUCCCCCGCCACUGUUUCACUGCUGAGGAAGUAAUCAUAGAAAGCAACUCUUUUUACCUUCUCUCUCUCUCUCCCUCUCUAUCUCACCCUCGCGUGUGCGCGCACACACAGUUUCCCCCUGCUUUCCGUCACCUGGUUUCUCUCUCUCUCUCUCUCUCUCUCUAAAGACUGGAAAAACAUGUAAAAGGGGAAAAGGAAAAGAAGAGAAAACACCAACAAAACCCGCUCAUGAUUUCUUGGGGUUGUUUCAGCUAUUUCUUGUCAGGGAAAUGAAUGGUUGUAAACCGGGACUCAGUCUGAUGCUGCUGUUUGCUACAGUUACUGUAUGUUAAAAAACCACCCUUUUCUCUUCAUUAUUACAUCUCCUUUUUAUAUAUGAGUCUUCUUCAGGAAUGGUUGCGCUUGCUGUAUGAGUUUGUGUGAAGAGGCAAGAGAAAGCAAUAGGACCAUCCUAUUGAUCGUGUUCUGAGUCGCAAGGACGUGCCCAUUUCUGGAACUGGGAUUUUGAAAGGAAAAGGGUCCCCAUUGUUUCUAUCCUUUGGUUCUGGAGAAAAGGAGGUAUGGAGAAGGAAGGGGUUGUCAUGAAUUGGGAGGUGAAGCAUCAUCCUUCCUGGGAUAUUGAAAACCUGGUAUUUCUCUCAGGCAGGGGCGAGAGUCACCUGGAUAGUGAGUCCAUGAGGGGUCAGGUCUCUGUUGCGGAUAUGAAGCCGCAGAUCAAAGGGAAUUGCUUGGUUGACUUGAAGCUUGGGAGAUUUGGUGAUGGGUUCAGUGAUCUAAAGGCCCGUACAGCAGCUGCUUCAGCGGCUGUCUCCCCUGGCUCUUCAAGGAGGAGCAGGUCAUCCAGCGGCAACCAGGUGGCCACUUGCAUGGUUGAUGAUUGCAGUGCUGAUCUCAGUGGUUGCAAGGACUACCAUAAGAGGCACAGGGUCUGUGAGGCUCAUGCUAAAGCUGUUAAAGUCACAGUUGAGGGCGUCGAGAAGAGAUUUUGUCAGCAGUGUAGCAAAUUUCAUGUGCUGUCAGAGUUUGAUGAGGUAAAGCGAAGUUGUAGGAAGCGUCUAGAUGGACAUAAUAAGCGGCGUAGGAAGUCUCAGCCAGAUACAGCAUUAGGGAACUCUGUCUCAAGCAUAAAAGGUACAGGGUUCCAGUCAUAUAUGAAUCAGCAGGGCUUCCCAAAUGUCAUUCACGAGAAUAGUUGGACUGCUGGAUUUGUAAAAUCAGAGGAUGAAAAUGUCUACAACCGACAGUCACAGAUGCUGCCUAUGGGUAGGCAGCAACCAUUUCUUGGGGCAUCAUCUAGCUACUUCAAGGGAAGUAAACAGUACCCCUUUGUACAAAGUGGUGAUCUCAAAUUUGGAACCAAACCAAUCGAAACCUCUGUUUGCCAACCACUUGUUACCGCGACAACGACACCUGGAAGCAGCAGCAGUAUCUUUUCGGAUAGUUUAAUCAGAGUGAUAGACUCAGAUUGUGCUCUCUCUCUUCUGUCAUCAUCGACACAGUCGUCUGCAUUAGGCCUGAACAACAUUGACAUUCCCAUGGCUCUUCCUCUUGUCCAGGGUCUGCAAUUUAAUGGUGUUGACCGGUUUCCCUCGGACAAAGUUUUAGCAGUUACCUGCUGCUCUUCAGAUGGAGUUUCAUCUAGUGGUUUCUCUUGUACUGGAAUAGGAGAUGAUCAUGUAGGACCGGUUUUAGUUUCCAAUGUUGGUCAUACUGAAUUCCAUUCCCAGGGAACAUUGCAACAUGCUAAUGAUGUAGGAAAUUCUGGAAAUGGGAUUCCUCAAUCCCUCCAUUUCUCUUGGCAAUAGGCUGGAGUUCAAGUUUAAUAAACAGCCAUUUUGCUUCCCAUUGGACUUCUUUCUUCUUCCUGGGUUGUAUUACAUUUCUGAUUCUGUUAUCAAAUUCUUUAUUUUCUUGAUGCA